GUGACUCCCGGUUCCGGAAGAGGAUGGCGGCGGGAUGGAGCGGUGCGAGGACGCGGCUCCGGUUCCAGCUCGGGCUGCUGGCCUUGGCGGCCGUGGCGGGGCCGGACGUGGCCGGCGCGGCUGGCUCGGAGCCCGGCCGGUGGCACCUCGAGAUCAGCGGCCCGAACGAGGGCGUGUUUGUGUUCCCCAAGACGAUGUUUAAUGGGACCGGAGUGACGUUCAAGUUUCUGAAUGAGACCUGUGACUCAGGUGUGACCUUGACCAUUACCUGCUACCUGCGGAGCUCCCGAUGUCACGAUGAAGUCUACAUAGAUGAAAAGAAAGCCAUGCACUACAUGGAUAGAUACAAAUACACUGACAGCGUUGUGGGGGGGGGGCCAGUUUGUCUACCAAACCAUAACAAUUCAAUGUCACAAACUCAAUGAGCUCCGUACUUGGGAAUUCCCUCCGCCUGUAAAGCUGGAGCCUCCAGAAGAGCCGCAGCUUCCCAAUUCGGGCCCACCUGGCAAGACAAAGAGGGAUACGUCUGAAUUGCCAAAAGACCAGAAGACCAAUGAGACGCUAGAAUCUGUGCCAGAGGCCGGCACGAAGCAGAAGGAGGGGACAGCCCCAGCAAAGGUCCUGGGCUCUGCAGCUGACGGGAAGAAACAAGGCACUCUGGGGAAGGGGAAAAAAGAGCGGCCGGCGAUGAUGACCACGUGGGAUGACGGGCCGUACGUCUUCAUUCUCAGGAUCAAAGGAAACCCCUCGAAUUGGAAGCUCAAGUUUGACGUGGAGAUGAAGCACCCAGAACACCUCUACCUGUCAGCCUCAGAGUGGCCCCUCAUGGUGUUCUACAUGGUGAUGUGUAUCGUCUAUGUGCUCUAUGGGGUCCUUUGGCUGGUCCUCCUGGCCUGCUACUGGCGAGACAUCCUGCGCAUUCAGUUCUGGAUCGGUGGCGUCAUCUUCCUGGGCAUGCUGGAGAAGGCGGUCUUCUAUGCCGAAUUCCAGAGUAUCCAGAGCCACGGAGUGUCGGGCUUCUGCCCUCCGGGGCCAGGGGGCGGGCUUAGGGGAAACCUCAAGAGGCCUGAGCCCAGCCGGCCAUGGGCAGUGGGUGCUCUUGCCCUGCUGCCUGCAGGGCAGCGGGAGGAUGGGGUCGGGCAGCUCUGCCUGACCAAGCAAGAUAAGAGACACGCUGGUACAGGCUGGGUGAAAGAACUUCAAACCAUCCCCAAGGCUGCUCUGUAA